GGGGCUUGAGUCUGCUCCCGAUCAGCGUGUUCAAUUUUCCUGAGUCAGUGGUGCCUUUUUGAAGGUUCACGGUGGCUUGCCGGCUUGUUGUGACGAGAGAAUUUCCAUAUUAUAAGUAGUCAAUUCGUUGUGACCAUGGUGCAGGCCGUGAUGAACAUCACGUCGGCUGCGGGCAUUAUUUCGCUUCUCGAUGAGAACCAGACCGAGCUUCGUGUUUUUGCCUUGAAGAAGCUGGACUCGAUUGUGAACGAGUUUUGGCCGGAGAUAUCAGAAGCAAUAGAAAAGAUUGAAGUCCUUUAUGAAGAUGAAGCAUUCCCUCAGCGUCGCCUUGCAGCCUUGGUUGCCUCAAAGGUUUACUACCACCUGGGGUCCUUCGAAGACUCGCUGACGUAUGCUCUUGGAGCAAGCGAUCUCUUUGACGUCAACACCCCAACAGAAUAUGUAGAAACUACUAUCUCAAAGUCAAUCGACCACUACACAAAGCUUCGCCUGGAGGAUGAAUCAGGGCUAUCUGUCGAUCCGAGGCUGGAGGCCAUCGUCAACAGGAUGUUUCUGCGGUGCUUCAACGACGGGCAAUAUCGUCAGGCUGUGGGCAUUGCACUGGAGACAAGGCGUAUGGAUAUGUUUGAGAAGGCCAUCAUGACAUCGGAUGAUGUUCCAGGGAUGCUGGCUUACAGUUCCAAAGUUGCCAUGACCCUGGUGCCGAACCGCACCUUCCGCGACGAGGUCCUGCGGGCCCUGGUGAAGCUGUACAAGAACCUCACGACACCAGACUAUGUGAACAUGUGCCAGUGCCUGAUCUUCCUAGAUGAUGCUCAGUCUGUGGCAGAUGUUCUUAUUCGACUGGUUAAAGGAAGUGGGCAAGAGUCAACACUCAUGGCGUACCAAAUUGCGUUUGACCUCUACGAGAGCGCAACACAGCAGUUCCUGACUCGUGUUCUUCAAGCUUUGAAAGCGCUUGCACCUGCGCCUAAAGCCGACAAAGAAGAAGCAAAGCCUGUGGCAGAGCCUGAAAAAGCUGAUGCUUCAGCGGAGCCAACAAAACAAGAGGGAGAGGGUGCUGUGAAGAAAGAACCUCAAGAGCAACCAGUUGAACUCAGUGGUGCACCACCUGCCCAAUCAUCCACAGUGGGUGAUGAACAUGCCGCCCAGGUGGAGAAGCUGUCGACGAUCCUUGGCGGGGAGAUCACAAUUGGCCUCCACCUUCAGUUCCUUAUAAGGAGCAACCACACAGACCUGCUCAUUCUCAAACAGACAAAGGAAGCAGUACGGAAUUCCGUGUGCCACACCGCCACUGUCAUUGCAAAUUCCCUCAUGCAUAGCGGUACCACUAGUGACCAGUUCCUCAGAGACAAUUUGGACUGGCUUGCACGAGCUACAAACUGGGCCAAAUUUACGGCAACUGCCAGCUUGGGUGUUAUUCACAAGGGCCACGAGAAAGAAGCUCUGCACCUCAUGUCAUCGUACUUGCCGAAGGAAAGUGGUCCGGGCAGCGGCUACACGGAAGGUGGCGGCCUCUACGCCCUCGGUCUGAUCCAUGCCAAUCAUGGGGCGGCUAUCAUUGAUUAUCUCUUGGCACAACUGAAAGAUGCCUCUAAUGAGAUCAUCCGUCAUGGUGGAUGUCUGGGCGUUGGUUUGGCGGCCAUGAGUACGCAUCGGCAAGACGUGUACGAGCAACUCAAGUUCACGCUGUACCAAGAUGACGCAGUCGCGGGAGAAGCAGCUGGAAUCGCCAUGGGUUUAGUGAUGCUCGGAUCCAAGUCAUCCACCGCACUUGAAGAUAUGGUCGCUUACGCCCAAGAAACUCAGCAUGAAAAGAUCCUUCGUGGCUUAGCCGUUGGUAUUGCAAUGGUGAUGUUUGGCCGCAUGGAGGAAGCAGAUGCACUAAUCGAGAACCUCUGUCGGGACAAGGAUCCACUUCUUCGCCGCUCUGCUAUGCAUACCAUUGCCAUGGCCUACUGUGGUUCGGGCAGCAACAAGGCCAUUCGUCGCCUCCUUCACAUCGCCGUCAGUGACGUCAACGACGACGUACGCCGCGCUGCAGUGGAGGCCCUCGGCUUCAUACUCUUCAGGACACCCGAGCAAUGCCCCAGUGUGGUAUCCCUCCUGUCGGAAAGCUACAAUCCCAACGUUCGCUACGGUUCUGCGAUGGCGCUCGGAAUCUCAUGCGCCGGAACCGGAAACAAGGAAGCGCUGGCUCUUCUGGAACCCAUGACGAACGACCCCGUGAACUACGUUCGCCAAGGAGCACUCGUUGCUUCUGCCUUAAUUUUGAUCCAACAGACAGAAGCCACCUGCCCCAAAGUGAAAGACUUCCGACAACUCUACCACAAGGUGGUCUCCGACAAGCACGACGAUGUGAUGGCAAAGUUUGGAGCCAUCAUCGCCCAGGGCAUUCUGGACGCCGGAGGACGCAAUGUCUCCAUCGGACUCCUUUCUCGUACAGGCCACACGAAUCUUGCGGCUGUUGUGGGCAUGCUGGUCUUCACACAGUUCUGGUACUGGUUCCCUCUGGCGCACUUUCUAUCCCUUGCGCUCACUCCCACGUGCCUGGUGGGACUGAACGGUGAGUUGAAGAUGCCCCGCUUCAGUGUGCGAUCGGCGGCCAAGCCAUCUACCUUCGCCUAUCCGCCGCCCCUGGAAGAGAAGAAGGAACGCGAGAGAGAAAAGGUGACCACGGCCGUGCUCUCGAUCACGGCCAAGGCGAAGCGGAAAGAGGCGGACAAGAAAGAGCAGAAGGAGCAAGCUACACCGGAAAGCAUGGAAGUGGAUGAGGACAAUAAAACGAAAGAAGAAGCGAAACCAACUGAGGAAGCUGCACCACCUGCUGCAACUCUAGCAGAGUCGGCUGAGGCUGAGACUAAGAAAGAAGGCGAAGAUGCAGCUGCGAAAGAGAAGAAGCCAGAACCAAGCUUCGAAAUGCUCAGUAACCCGGCUCGUGCAGUGAAACCACAACUGAAAGUUAUACAGAUGCCCGAGGGAUGCCGCUACAGGCCCAUCAAAGAUAUAACCAUCGGCGGUAUCAUAAUGAUGAUAGAUACCAAGUCUGAAGACGUUGAGGAACUUGUGGAACCCGUUUCUGCUGGUGGACCCACGGCUGAGAGCGACGAAGGUGAAGAACCUGAGCCUCCGGAGCCGUUCGAGUACGUCGACGAGUAAUGGUCAUUUCCUGCUUCGCACCAGCCACGUCGUAGGAGAUCUUGUGUUAAUAAAUGUCAUUUUCACAUCCCA